AUGAAUACGGCACUGCCACUUCUCAACCUGUUGCAUAACGGCAACUACAAUGGCAGCCCAUCCCUAGCAGACCACAACUUUGGCCGAUCGUAUAGCGAAUACACCAACGGCUCAGACGCAGAACCAGCGCCGACACAGUCAAACGGCUACAACCCCUCGUAUGGGUACCCCUACCCCGACGACCUGUCGACGUUUGGUCUCUCGGUCCACGACCAAUACGGCUCGCGGCCCAACAGCUCUGGACAGCCGCCAAGCACUGGCGGUUACCCCAACCUCGUCGGGCCAGACUUUACGUCACACCAUCAGCACCAAUACCGCAACGAUGGCGGCCACCAUGGCCAGCACUCUCACCACAAUGGGGCGACUACCGGCGAGCCAGCGCGUUACCUCGACCUGGAUCUGAACCAGGCCGGGCCAUCGAGCUAUCGCCAUCCGUCCAGCGGCGACAUGUACGCCCAGUCGGAAGCUUCGCAGGAGGGCGGAGCGACACAUUCCGUUGUCGACUCAACACGGGAUGAUCACGACAGCAAGGCGGCGAACGGAUCGCCAGAAGGCGCUGCUCCUACCGAGGGAGCCGAAGCCGACAACGAGGAGCCACUCUACGUCAACGCCAAGCAGUACCACCGCAUAUUGAAGCGCCGCAUGGCGCGCGCACGGCUCGAGGAGCUGAACCGCCUAGUCCGCUCGCGCAAGCCCUAUCUGCACGAGUCCCGACACCGUCACGCCUGCUCCCGCCCUCGCGGCAAGGGCGGACGUUUUCUCACUGCCGACGAGAUUGAACAGCUCAAAAGGGAAGAGGCCGCCAAGCAGGAGAGCGGCUCGACUAGCCUUGACGGCGACGCGCCGAGCGGGAGCGUGUCGGGAGAGGGCAGUGGGGUGUCAGAUUCCUCGCCAGCUUUAGCAUGA